ACCGUCCGUCCCAUUGGCCUUCGCCGCGGAGGCGGAACCUUAUUGUGGGCGGAACUCUAGUUGAGCCGCCCGAGGCUUCCUCGGGAGCCGCCCGGGUGACGGCCCGGCGCGGCGGAGGCCGAAAAGCGACGGACUGCGGGCCCAUCAUGGACGCUUGACAACCUGCGGGCAGGAGCCGGGAGGCCGAGCCAGCGAUCCAGAGGACGGAGAGGCCGCGCGAGGACAGAUCUCAAGACCAGAGAAUGGCAGGGGAACAGAAACCCUCAAGCAACCUCCUGGAACAGUUUAUUCUACUAGCAAAAGGUACCAGUGGUUCAGCGCUCACUGCUCUCAUAAGUCAAGUCCUUGAGGCUCCUGGAGUAUAUGUUUUUGGAGAACUCCUAGAGCUGACCAAUGUGCAAGAGCUUGCAGAAGGAGAAAACGCCGCUUAUUUGCAGUUGCUGAACCUGUUUGCCUAUGGAACAUACCCAGAUUACAUAGCCAACAAGGAGAGCCUUCCCGAACUGAGCACAGCCCAGCAGAACAAGCUGAAACACCUGACCAUCGUGAGUUUGGCUUCAAGAAUGAAGUGUAUUCCAUACUCUGUGCUGCUGAAGGACCUGGAGAUGCGGAAUCUCCGGGAACUAGAGGACCUCAUCAUUGAAGCCGUCUACACCGACAUCAUCCAGGGCAAGUUGGAUCAGCGAAAUCAGCUGCUCGAAGUGGAUUUCUGCAUUGGCCGUGAUAUCCGAAAGAAGGAUAUCAAUAAUAUUGUCAAGACCUUGCAUGAAUGGUGCGACGGCUGUGAGGCUGUCCUGUUGGGCAUUGAGCAGCAAGUCUUGCGAGCCAACCAGUACAAGGAGAGCCACAGCCGAACUCAACAACAGGUGGAGGCAGAGGUAACCAACAUCAAGAAGACUCUCAAAGCCACUGCGUCAUCCUCAGCCCAGGAGAUGGAGCAGCAGCUGGCUGAGCGCGAGUGUCCUCCUCAUGCUGAGCAGAGGCAGCCCACCAAGAAGAUGUCCAAAGUGAAAGGGCUGGUGUCCAGCCGCCACUAGGGCUGGCAGGGGCAGCUGGCGCUCACCAGGCCAGGGCCAGGUGGGGAGGGCCCCUAGCUCUCUGCACCAUCAGUGAGUUCCAGACCUGCCCAGCCCCUCCCCAGCACCUCCUACCCAGUUGGUACUGUUCCAGAAGAACCGUUAAACCCCCCCUCCACCCCCUAGUUGUUCCUUCAGACUCAGGGGCUCCACUCAUGCCACCCCACAGGGUCAGACACUGCCCAGCUUACCUCCAGGAGCUCCUGUCUCUGUUAAGGGUUGGCCUCCCUUCCUGGUUUUUCUUUUGCUCGUGUCAUUUUGUCAGGCUGGUCACCAGCCCCAGCGGGGAGGGGCAUUCCACAGUGCUGGGGUAGUGAUCUCAGCCAGCCCACCCCACCUGCUCUUUCCCUCCUGCCUCAUCCUUGUUGGCAGCUCUGAGCAGACCACAAGGGGUACCCUACUGGCCAUGUUUACUAUACUCCCCCUCGCACUAGCCUCUGGCGCCGGCAGGGGGCUCUGGGAGCCUGUGUUUCCCGGCCUGAUGAUCCUGGUAGUCUCUGCUGCCUGCUUUGCUCAGGUGGGCAGGAAGGCUUCCGCUGCCCUGAAAUUUUUCAUUUUUAUGGCU